AUGGACCUUCUGAUUCUUGACAGGCAAAUCUCGGAGCGCUGGCGGACUGCUGCGCGUCAGAAGAGGCAGUCUCUUGAGGACUCCAUCUGGAAGUUGCAGGAUCUGUACCAGCUGGCUGUUGACUUCAGCUUUUCCCACCUGGUCCUCAUUAUUGCGGACCUCUCAUCCACGGUCCAGGAGCGUGAUGAAGGCUUCGCUGCUUGGUUGCAGACCUUUUUGCCAUCCCAGGCAACACCGUACAGCAUCGGCGAGUUGCAGAGCCCGUUGCAAGCUACGGCGCACGGCCUCUUCCCCCUGCUCAUGGUCCGCCGGUCCGCAAACUUCUUGUUGCAGUCCAGCGAGCUGCAACUGCAACCUCCAGCGGACGUUGCCCAGCCCGAGGACUUCCAAGUGCGGGUGGUCCGGCUGCUUGCUGAGCUGUCCGAGGCCUUGAAAGCUGGAAGCCCGUUAUGGGAGAUCGGCAGCGUAGUCACUCUUCUGGAAUAUUGCAGCUGCAUCUGGCGCAAGGCGCUGAAGCAGGUUCCAGGCAAACCCUGCGCAGAGAAGUGCUGGGUGCCUCUCCAGGUGCUGUCGCGGAAGCCCUUCCAAAUGCCAAUGGCCGGUCUCCUAAAGCUCUACGCAGCAGUGCUCAGCAACUUGACCAACUGGGCGGGAGAUCUUCGACGCCGGCUCCAGACAGACAAUGCAAUACCGAGCGUGAAAGAUCCCGAGCUUUCUCUCCACAUAGCGGAGGUGGCCUUAGGGCUUGCUCAGAAAGCUGUCGAGGAUGGCGCUCGAUUGAGCUCCACGCGGCCCGUUCUGGAGGCAUUGCUCAGCGAUGUCAGGACGGUGCUCGAGAAACCGCUGGGUGAGGAAUGGGGGACUCCUCGUCGGCAGCUCUUGGAAAUUGUCCAGAGGUUGGACCCGGCACCGACAAGCUCACCUGCUCCUCUUCGCUUGAGGGGAGGCUUGAGGCCCACUCCACCGCUGAUUGGCCUGGCGACCCGUGCUUAA